GACCUACCCGACGUAAGUCAGGAUGCCCCCCAAGUGGCCGGCACCGCCAGUCACGACGAUGCACAUUUCUGAAGCCGUAUUCCUCGUUCGCGAGCACUGCCGACGCGUGGGUGCCUUCGCUCAGGAGAACCCCAAAUGCCGCGCCACCGCCCAGUAUCUGGACGAGCGACCCGCGCUCAUAUUCAAUAUAUCCACGAGCUCCUCAAGCAGACACGAUCCCCCGGCGGGGGCCUCCGAGGGACCGAUCCAACUACCGGCCGCGCCCCCUUCAGACAGUGCCCCAACCGAGGACAUCCCCACCGCCGAGCAUGAGCACGGAGAGAUCGACCUCUACACCGACAGCCCAAAGGAUUAUGACCGGCUGGUCCGACACCGGAAGGCGUGGACGUGGCUCCUCCCGCACCACAAACGCGUCCAGGUCGUUAGCAACCUAUUCACAAUCCUGUUCCACGGGGUUCCGCGAGACUGGUUCUCCAAGCAGAGUCUGGAAAACAGCGAGGCCGGAGAGGCCAUCCUUAAAGACAAUGCCGCCAAGGUGCCGGACGCGUACAUCCUACACGUGGAUUGGGCGGGGAGCAACACCAUGGGAAAGACGCGCAAAGGGUCCCUGACGGUCAGCCUCCACCGCGCCGAGGACGCCAACCGACUGCUGCGAGGUUUAUUCUACCUGCGGAGUCAAACCCUACGGACCGAGUUGUUCGGUCCCCCAGUGGACGUCUGACGCAGUGCUUGCAAUGCCAACGUUAUGGACACGUCCAGCGCGGCUGCACCUUCUCCACCCGAUGCCUGUACGGCGGUGAACAACACCGGAAAGGUGACUGUCCCCAAAUCAAGGUAACCCCCGAUCGUUUUACAUGCUUCAACUGCAAAGGCCCUAAUCUUGCCUACGACAAGAUGUGCCCGACACGACUCCAAGCGGCUGCCGAAGCCGACUAUGCCAGAAAGCACAAGCCGAAAUACUUUCCCGAACCAGCGCGGCCGGUGACGUCCC